GGUAUAUCCGUAUGGAUGAAUUAAGAAUUUUAUUAGAACACAAUUCCUCUGAUGAAUUUGACGGCUAUACGUAAAAGCUGAGGGUCUCAUCUCCAACACACAUUUUCAUUUGUAACUGAUGAAACAGUGAAACACUCCAUUUUUUCGCCCAUGUGAUCUCAGAUUCCGAAUCACACUGACCUUUGUCGUCUUCCCCCAACUUUCUGUCCUCUUCAAAAAUUCACAAUUCUCCUCCGUCGUUUCGGUCUCUCUCUAUCACAGAGAGAAAGAGAGUAAGGGACUGAGCGAGCACUGCUGGAUUGGCGUUUUAUUUCUUGAUCGGAGAAGAUGAAGAGAUUCUUCAUCUUAGUAGGCCGGACGGCGGCGUCACCAUUAAAACCUUCCCGGAUCGCUCCCCGUUCUUUCUCCACUCUCAACGCGUCUCUCCAAGAAAAUGACCCUGUUCUCCCCAAAAUGCCCCCCUUCGAUUACUCUCCGCCUCCUUACACCGGCCCCUCGGCCGCCGAGAUCCUCCAGAAGCGCCAGCGUUAUCUCAACCCCGCCAUCUUCCACUUCUUCAAGAACCCGUUGAAUUUGGUCGACGGGAAGAUGCAAUACUUGUUCGAUGAGAACGGGCGACGGUAUCUGGAUGCGUUCGGAGGGAUCGCCACCGUGUGUUGCGGCCACUGCCACCCUGAGGUGGUGGAGGCGAUUGUCAAUCAAACAAAGCGAUUGCAGCAUUCCACUGUAUUGUAUCUCAAUCACACAGUCGCCGACUUUGCAGAAGCUCUUGCAUCAAAGAUGCCCGGUGAUCUCAAGGUUGUUUUCUUUACCAAUUCUGGGACAGAGGCCAAUGAACUGGCCUUACUAAUGGCCAGGUUGUAUACUGGUUGUCAAGAUAUUGUUUCAAUAAGGAAUGGUUAUCAUGGCAAUGCAUCUUCUACAAUGAGUGCUACUGCCCAAUCUAACUACAAAUUCAAUAUAGUGCAGACAGGAGUGCACCACACUUUGAAUCCAGAUCAGUAUAGGGGUGUCUUUGGCUCAGAUGGACCGAAAUAUGCCAGGGAUGUUGAUGAUAUUAUUACUUAUGGAACAACGGGUCGUGUUGCUGGUUUUAUUGCUGAAGCCAUACAGGGUGUUGGAGGAAUAAUGGAGUUGGCCCCGGGGUACUUGCCAGCUGUCUAUAGCAUUAUCAGAAGAGCAGGAGGCCUAUGUAUAGCAGACGAGGUCCAAUCAGGCUUUUGUCGGACAGGGAGCCAUUUUUGGGGAUUUGAGGCCCAUGGAGUUGUGCCUGAUAUUGUUACCAUGGCAAAGGGAAUUGGAAAUGGCAUUCCACUUGGAGCUGUGGUCACCACUGCCGAAGUUGCAAAGGUCUUAACAGACCGGAAUUACUUCAACACCUUUGGCGGGAAUCCUGUGUGCACAGCUGGUGGUCUAGCGGUUCUUAAAGUGUUGGAAAAAGAUAAGCUCCAACAGAAUGCAUUCACUGUGGGGUCAUAUCUUAAAGAGCGUCUCAUCUCACUGAUGGAUAAGCAUGAAAUUAUUGGUGAUGUGAGAGGACGUGGUUUGAUGCUAGGAGUUGAACUAGUGACUGAUAGGAAGCUGAAGACUCCUGCUAAGGUUGAAAUACUUCAUCUAAUGGAAGAAAUGAAAGAGAUGGGAGUACUCGUAGGAAAAGGUGGAUUUUUCGGGAACGUAUUCAGAAUCACUCCACCACUCUGCUUCACCAAGGAAGAUGCUGAUUUUCUUGUAGAUGUGAUGGAUUACUCUAUGUCAAAGAUGUGAAGUGUGUAGGAGAUAAACAAAGGGAUAUGUCUACCUGUACUUAGCCAUUCAAGAACCUCCUCCUCCUUUUAUUCUGUCACAUAUUGUUGUUGUUGUUUGUUUAGCCAUCACAAACAAAUAAGUGCGCCAUAUAUGGCAGAGAGAUUAUGAGACAUCACCUCGUUGUCUCGAUCUCUCACUCCCUUAUUCUUUUUAUGUUUCAUUUGAAUGUCUAAAUAGUGGACAUAUUAUUAUGGGUAAAUAGAAACCUGUAGUUUAUUCACAGGACUACUUUUGUGGACUCAAGUUUGUUGUGAAAUUUCUAUCUUUGGUCAUUGGAGAUUGCAAAUUCUUAUUGUAUGUCAUUUCUUAAAAAGGUUGUCUUUG